CUCUAGUAAGAUACCCGGAUGAUCUGUGUUCGUUUUGGGCGGCUAGUUUACCCCGGCUGAAUGGAUACAGGGAAGCCGUCAUACAGGCUGUGCACCACAGUUUAAAUAAAGGCAGGGAAAGCGAGUCCUUUUCAUGGGAAUCAUGGUAACAGCAGUCACCACCCAAACACAUCUUCUGGACAAUCGCCGCCCCAUUCUUCCCCUCUGAGCGCCCCGGCAGUUUUCCCGGAAUUUUCCUCUGGCUGGCACAAACACUUCUGUGACUGUGUGGGUUGCAAGUGUCAUGUGGGGAGGAGUUCUGUGAGCGAAGCAUCCCAUGUUCUGGUAUCCAAGGGUGGCUACUCGAACGGUGUCGGCCCCCUCAGCGGAUGUCAGCUGCUUGGAACGCAACAGUUUCGCCUCGCUGCUGCCGAUUGCCGCACAAGGAGCGGUCCGGCGUGAGUUCCUGCACAGUAUCUGCCCCGGCCACUGACCUGAGCCCCGGCACGCCGCCCCAUGUGGCUCCAUCACCCCUCUCCACCGCCGCCUUCCCCAGCACACCACUCACAACUGCAUCUCUACUUCUGCUACGACUUCACUGAAGACGACCGAACCACGUCUUUGUGACCACGUCUGUGAGUGUCUGUGUGUCUGUCCGUGUGUGUGUGUAUGUGUUCAGAAAGGACUACACUUCGUCCUCAAUGGUGCUGCCCAGGGCUGCCUUUACUCAAGCAAUCGUGACACUGAUUCUACUCUGCUGUUUUCCUAGAGUUGAUGGUAAGGAUGUUGAAGGCUUCCACGGUGGAGAUUUAACAAAAUUAGAACAAGAAAAAAUCUGUUUCAAUUUCAGCGAAAUUAAUCUGGAGAAAAAAGAAUUUUACUCGCCAAAUUUCCCUAACAAUUAUCCUAACAACACUAAGUGUGAAUUGCAAUUAAAAGCUCCACACGGCCACGUGAUUCAGCUGGAUUUCCGUGAGGUUUUCCACCUGGAGGAGUCCCCCACCUGUGAGUACGACUGGCUGGAGAUCAGGAAUGGACCCCACGGAUACAGCCCACUCAUCAAGAAGUUCUGCGGCCACGAGUUCCCACCAAUGCUCACCUCAAAGGAUCAGUUCCUGUGGCUCAAGUUCUCAUCCGACGACAGCAUAGAGUACGAGGGGUUCAAGGCUAUCUUUAAAUUCAUCCCGAUCGAAAAUUUCGAUAGACCUCAAGCGGAAGAUUGCACGUAUCCCAAGGGCGGACCAGGUGGACUGAUAAGCCCCGAGGACAUAAGCAAAUCCAUCUUGAACUAUUCCCUGACUUGGAAAGUUCCCCUUGAUUGCACGUGGGUCAUAAAAGUGCAAGAAGGCUGGAAAAUGUAUGUGAACUUCCAGAAGUAUGAUUUGAAACAUCCGAACAACUGCGAUGAGAAUUUCAUCGACGUAUACGAGGAGACUUUGAGUGACGACACGCGGAUGGCGCAGUUCUGUGGGACGGCCACCGAGCCUCAGAAGUCGGACGGCAACCUCGUCUACGUCCGGUACUUCGCGGUGGAGGACGCUAUAAAGGACGGCAAGUUCGAAAUAGUAUACACUGCCUUCAGAGAAUCAGAUAAGUGCAUUCCAACAGAAUUCAGCUGCGAUGAUGGCACCUGCAUCGACAAGUCUUUAAAAUGCAACAAAAUGUAUAACUGCAAAUAUCGAUAUGAUGAAGAUCCUGCUUUGUGCACACCAGCGAUGACGGCCAGCCGCAUGUUAGCCUCAGAGCAUAUGAUCACCAUUUUGGUGGUGUUCUUCGCUCUGGUUCUGGCCAUGUGCGCCUCCAUCGUGAUCACGUGCUACAACAAAGUGAAGGACCGACGCGAGAAGAAGCGCGAAUAUAAAAUGCGCCGUUCCAAGGAGGUCUCCAUGGAGGGCGAGAUGGACCGCGUGCUGACCAACAUGGACCCAGGGCUGGAGGCAGCUCUGGCGGCACAGGCGGCGGAGAUAGGGGCAGCAAGGAGAAAGGUACCCCCGCCCAGGUGGCUGGAAGACGAAGAAUCGAAUGGGUGUUAUGUGCCAGAGGUGGAUCUCAGUAUCUUCCACAAGAGCCCGAAUGGUGGACACGUGAUCUGCAGGGAUAGGGAUAAUAGCAACAGCGCGGAUGGUGGCAUCCACAUCAUUAGCAAUUCCUUUCCGGAUGGCAUCAACCCCAUGUGUAAAGAGCACGGCUGCCAACGGCGGGGGAGUUUCUCCCCACCGCUACCCCCACCUCCACCACCACCCCACGUUCGACGCACUCCUAUGGAACAUCACCACGACAAUCUCGUCUGUCAGAAGCACAACACCUUCCGCUCGUACCUAGUGGAAGAAGAGGAGGAACCCCGGGAGGACGAGACGGCGGUUGCAAACGUGCCUUUGUCCUCGAAGUUCGACGAAGACUCCAGUCGACCCCCAAGCUUCGAUAGCACGAGGUCAGCGCCGGACGUCAUAGUGCACCGCUGAGACCAUAUCAGAAAUAGCCUCUGGAGGAAACGUAACGCGUCGUUGAAUAUCUCUCUACUAACAAACAAAUGGAUUUUGUCUAUCUCUCUCUUGCAAAACUAACCACUUUUUACCAUUCGAUAAGGUGGAAGGGUUUCGAGGCUGGAAUUUAGAGGACACUGGUUUCAAGAGCCAGAAAAGUAGCAUCUUUUCUUUCGACAUUCACACUCAGCUACUCGUGUAUGUGUGUGUGUGUGUUUGUGUGUGUUGUGACGGUGGACAAUGCAUUGCUGCAGCAAGCAACUGUUAAGCAGUUCGUCGAAGCUUGGGGUGGGCAUUCAGCCAUCCUCGGCUUACUUGGUGCAUUAAACACCGCGAUUAGUACAGUGAGGUUUACCAAUAAAAAAAAAAUGAAUGCAUUGAUUUCGAUAUGCAUUCGGUAGAUUGUUAUGGAUUGUCUACAAUAAGUAAAACUAUUCAUUUGAUACAUAGAAAAUGGAUUGUGCAUACUUAACAAAUUUAAAAAUGGCGCUCUCUUUUUUUUUCACUUUUAGUAAUUUUAAAUGAUUUACAUAAUUUUUAUGUGUCACUUCUGGUAAACAGGUUUUUAAAAAACUUUUCUUCGGAUUUUUGUUAGUAAUUUAAUACAUAAAAUCAAUCAUCGGUGGUUUAAGUAAUUACUGAAAAUUCGUGAGAAAAAUGCAAUGAUUCGUAUCAUGCUUUUAUGAUAAAUUUAAAUUUAAUUUUUAAAACACUAUAAACACUUAUUUGUACAUUGUAACUGUCAGGAGCAAAUUCAUUAUAAAAUGGUUUUGAUGUGUCAAGAAAUCCUUAAAGAAUUAUUUCAUUAAGAUAUUGUUAAUAAAUACAACUUUUACCAAAUCAUCGAUCAAUCAAUUUAUUAUAAAAAUAUAAGUUAAUUUCCAUUCGAAUAAGGUAGCUCUCUUAUGUACAUUAUACAUUUCUUAAAGUUAAUUUAUCUCUAAAUUGCUUUUUAUAAACCAUCUUGCUCAUGUUCCACAUUCCAGGAACACUUUCAGAACAAUCAUAUACUCUACAGAAAACAGAAUAUAUUAUUCUAUUUAGAUUUGUAGCAUGCUAUACGAAUCCCAAAUUACAGGUAAUCUAGUUAACAGGAAUAAUAGAUUUUUUUCCGUGGAAACAUUAGCUUGCAGCUUAUGGAUAGCUUAUAUAAUAAAUAACUAUAGCAUUUUCAAAUUAGGUGAAGUCUUAUAGGUAUCAUGAUAAUUAUUAUAAAGUAUUUAAUUGAAAAAAAGAACGCAGGAACGUAUCGCAGUGGCUAAAUAAUGUUUCACAACAACGACUGGUUUCCUUUUUCUGCUAUUUAUCAGCGAUUUGCCCACCCCGGCUGAAUAGCAAGAUACUGCUUUUUACAUUGCCAAAGAUCUGAAAAUGGUGCUACUAUUAUAACUUGGAAGAAACGACAAAACAGUGGACUAAACUAGAGCAGAAGCAGCAAGAUGUCAUCUAGCAAUGAAAUGCUUUUUUUGGACCUUUUUCCCUGUUUUUAAAAAAGAAUCAAAUGGAUAAAAACAACAACAAGAGAAAAUGGAAACUUCCCUGCUCAAUUGUAAUGUACAUUAAUGCUUUUCCGUGGUGCAAAUCACCAUUUUCUUUCAUCGGUUCUUCUUUGUUCUCUCCUUUAUUAUUCCAGAACUAGCAGUCAGGCAGUGUCUUCCACACAGAGCAAAGCAAACUACAAUAAAAGACUUUCUACAAGAAUAACUUCAUAAAAUAUUUCCAUACAAUGAAAGGAAAAAAGAAAUAUUCCUGAACAUUUUUCUUUUCUCUUAUUAUUUUGUUGCUGAAUCAUUUGCCUUUGGUACUUAUUCCUCACCUCACUCUUCAUAUACAGAAGAGGGUGACAAGAUGAGAGAAAAAAAAAUAAUGUAGAAUUUUUUAGCCCCGCGAUCUUUAGAAAAGAAAGAAAAAAAAAUAACUGAAGAGUUUAACGUGGAAUCUAUCUAUUGAAGGUUUGUCAUAUUUAUAGGAAAUUUUACAGGUGAUGCGUUCAUCCUGUCAGUCAAAGUCUCAUCCUUUUUGGACUGCCAGAAUUCUAUGUACAAAACAAGAUUCAUAGAGAAUUAGAUCAUACUUUUUAUAUGAUAUUCCUAGCUUAUUUCUCGAUAAAAUUCUUUACUAUGUCUGUGUUUAAAGCUUCCCAUUGACAAUAUUAUUAUGCGGGAAAGGAGGGCCACUUGAAGCAGCUAUGACAGAAGCAAUACAAUAAUAUUAAUUCUAUCGUUUUAAAAGAAAGUUAAAUAAAUUAAAUCCAUUCGCUUUCCUCUUUUUAUGUCGAGAUAAUUUAAAUCUCAGUCUGAUGUAUGAUUUUAUUAAAUCAUUUUCUCCAAUAUGCUCAUUUGCUGACAAAUAUUAAUAAAACGAAACAAUCUAAUUAACACUUGUAUGGGAUACAAUAAUAUGUUUAAAGACAAAUACUACUGUGAUCAAAAAGUAUUGAGAAUGAUUGUAAAAACACGAGAUUUCAAUGUAUUAAAUAUUAAUUUAGUUUAGUCAGAUUAGCAUCCUAUUGUGAAUGAGACUGUAUCUAAACCAGAUCUAUCCUCCUCUUCAUACUUUACACCACAGCAAUGGAUAUCCGCCUAGAUUAGCUUGCAAUAGCCCCUACAGACACGGAAGAUGUUCCAUGAAAUCAAGCCUCAAAAUUACAAACCUCCAAUUCCAAAUCCGAGACCACCACAAAUGUCUUCACCAUUUACUAAUAUCUUUAAAUUAUGAUGAGGUUUCGCUGACGUUUUUUCUGAUAAUUUGGAACACAUUUUAAUAUUUAUCUUGUUGGCUUUGCAAAUGUUGCAUCAGUAAAUUCUUUACUUUGUCGCUCUGGUAUCAGUAUCCUAUCAGUAACUUAUAUAUUCCCUGCCGACUUUAUUGGAGCUAAUAUGUGGAAAACUAUUCACAUUAUAUAUCUUUACUCCCUGUUGUAUCACCAAGUUUGUCGUACGAAGAUAGACUGCUAAUGAGAGCUACCACCACCAGGAAGACUCUUCCCUCGGCAUUUUGUGUUUAAUUUAACAAUAUAGCAAAGAAAAAUGAGCAUUUAAUUUGAACUUCUUCCCAUUGAUCGAUUGGGUCCAAAAUUUGGAAAAGACCAUUUACUAAAUUUCAUUUAUCUUUGUUCUGUUUAUUGUUUUCGUGUUCGCAUACACAUAGGAAGAAAGGCAAGCAUACUGUCUACUUGUUGACGCAAAAUUUUCUCAGAUCCACAAUUUUGGUAUUGAAAUCUUGCUUGAAGAUUCGCUCAUCUAUCUUGAUGAUAUUUAAUUGAGGUUUUCGCAGUUGCACGAAAAGGUGGUCGGCAGAAAAUCAAUCCAAUGAUGAACUCAGUCCAAAAUUUAAUAUAAAUUGACGAUUUUAUUUUUAUUUUUUUUAAAGUCAUCACUCUGCCUCGUUACAUUUUUGAGAAAGUUUGUUUCACCUUCUAGUGGAUUUUUUUUUUAAUUCAAAGUUUAGAAAUAGCUUUAAGCAAAAUGAUAAAAAAAAUAUUAAACUUUAUAUUCCUGACCAUUUUAGGGCCUGUGAUGCCAUUUGUAUAUCUUAAAUAAUGUGUAGCAUUUCCACUUUAAAUUGGGUUGGAGGGAGCCUAGAUGUUAAUAUGAUUUGGAUACAAAUAAAUAAUGAAUAAUUAAUAAACAAAUGAAGAAAAUAACAUACCUCUAAUAGAUCUGAAAAACUAAAGCUUGAAUAUAUCCAAAAUGAUGUCCCUGUUUCCAAUUUUUUUUUAACGAACAUAAUUAUUUGAGCAGAAAAUGUUAAUAUGUAAUCAGACAUUUUUUUUAAAUUGUAAAACCAGCAAAAAGUUUAGUUAGAAAACAAAAUUAAGAAAUAAUUAGGAAAACAUUAAAAAAAUGAAGAAUAAAAUAAUGUUUUAAAAUUUAAAUGAUACUUGAUUUUAACUUGAAUAAGAGAGACUACAUGAUGCUUGAAAAUCAAAUAAAACUGCAAAAGUGAAUUACCCUGUAAACACUACAAAAAAAGACUUUAAGAAACAAUCAACUAAUAACAGGGUAAAAAUCAGUUUUUAGAAAAAAGAAUAAUAGGUCUGGAAAAAUAAAUCUGGGCCUACAUUUGAAGUAUUAACUAAAACCCAUUAAUGCGCGGAAAAUCGCGGAAGGUGAUUUGAACAUAGAUAAACUUCCAAUCCGCGGAAAUUGCGGGAUAUAUAGAAAAUAGACAAAUUGUCAACCCGCAUAAAUUGCGCGCCAAACAGUAGGAGAAUUAACUUUUUAUCAGGUCCAACCGGACACAUUUCUUAUGGGUUUAUUAUAGCGAAUUCAAAUAUUGAGUGAGAUCGAAAGUUAAAAAUAAACUCGUACUUAUAAAAAAAAACUGUGGUUUAAAUUAAAUAUUUUCAAAGGCUUUAUUCCAAUCAUUUUCAUAUUAAAAAUGUCUUUUUGAAAAAUAGAUUUAAAUUCAUUUUCCUUUAUUUAUUUCCUUCGCCAAUUCAGUAAGAUUUUAAUUCAUUUAAAUUUAAGUGACUUCCAAUUACAUAUAGAAAGUAUUAUAUAGAUUGCUGAUAAAAACUAGAAAAAUUUCCAAACGAGUUUUAGGAGAAAAAAAUUUUUUAAAUUAUUUGGAAGGAUCACUUCUUGCUCGUGCAUAUUCUAAAUGAACGAUUCCUAUCUCUUUUUGAUCACAGUAGUAUAUAAAAGAUAAAGGACUUUCUCACUUACCUUCUAUUUAAAGGAAGGAUAUCUAAAGGAAAUU